ACUCGAUAGAAACUUCCAUAGUUCUACAGUCAAUAAUCGUCAUACGGAAUCUCAGUCAUACACAUCAAUUCCAUUUUAGAUGAACAUUAAUUUGGUAUAUAAUACAUUUUUAUAUCAUCUGUAGUUUCAGCUCUACCCCCAUGGAAAAAUAUUAUUUCCAACCGUGUAGAAUAUCUGUUUUUAUUCGCAAUUAUUCUGUGUGUGUCAUGUUUGUUUUUUUACUUGUUCGUAGAAUUCUCUGUUAAAAGUCUAUUGGAAUUGACAUAAUAAGUAAAAAAUAGACACUAUACAUAAGGUUUGACAGAAUACAUUAUACACACAAUAAAAAGAAAUAUAGAAAAAAAAAUUCGUAUAAAUCGACGAUAGACAAACAUUUUUUGCUCUUUUUAUUCAAUAAAAAAAAAUUAUGAAAUAUUUUUAAAUUUUUGUUUAUUUCCAAUUAUUUCAUAUGUUUCAUCUUUUUAUUCCAUCUUAUGACAAAUGUUGUACUAUUUACACAUUAUACUCCUCCUUUUCAUGAAAAAAAAAAUUAUUAAUUUGUUGAAAGCACAGUGACAUCAUUGCUCUUAAGUGCUCAUGAACACGUAGGACUGGUCAUAAUUUCAUGUGUGUGUGUGUGUGUUAAGUUUUCAUUUAUGUUUGUUUGUUUUCUUUUCAAGAUUUUGUAUUACAUCGUAAAAUUCGAAAAAAUCAAAAAUAUUAUUUUCAAGAAAUCUUUAUCAAAAUAAAACAUAAAAAAUGUCAAAAGAACAAGAAAACGUGAUUAAAAUAUCAAUAAUAUUGGUUGAUUAUGGGACAGAGGUUAUGCGUUAUCAACUUACAAAAAUUGCAAAUUCGUCGAAUAGAAGUGUUUUUAAUUUUUUAUGGAAUAAUUUACAGACAAUACAAAGUUGUAAUCAUUUGAAUGAUGUAAAAAACAAAAUAUUUGAAAUCAAUUGCAAUUUUCCAUAUGGAGAUUCAAUAAAUAAUUCAUUGAUACCAAAUGAUUUUAAUAAAUUUGAUUUAUCAUCUUGUUUUAGCAUAUUACGAAAUUUAACUAAAGAUAAACAAAACAAUGGUCGAUGGGAUGUAAUUAAUACAAAUGAUAGAUCAUUAGCUGCAAAUUUUAAUCGAUUACGCAUCAUACGUAAUGUAAAUUUUGGUCAUUUAGCUGAAUUUAAGUUGAAUGAUAAGGAAUAUAAUUAUUAUAAAGUUGAAUUAAAAAAAAUAAUUACUGAACUAUGUGAUGGUCAAAAGAUGCAAAAUGAUUAUGUGAAGGCAAUUGAUUCUGUAUUAUUGUCAUCCUAUAAUGAUCGAGAUAUAUUAAUAUAUUAUAAAAGAUGUACAGAAGAAAUAAUUAAUUCACGAAUAGCACAGGUGGACUUGGUUAAUAAGAUAAAAGAAAUAAGAACGUCAAUAGAAAUGAAACUUGAUGAGAUAAAUUCAAAUAUGUCUGAACUUAAAAUUCAGAAUAAAAAUUUAGAAUACAAUCAAGAAAACAUAAAAAACGUCAUUACAACAUCGGGUAAGAAUAUCGAAGAUAGAAUUAAUACAUUAACACAAGUACAUACGAAUAGCCAAAAUGAAUAUUUAGCAACUGUUUCAAAAAUCAACAAAAAUAUAGAGAAUAUGACAGAUGAUAAAUCAUCAAUAAUAUUAGCAAACUAUUUACCAAAAGAAAGUAUAAAAAAUUUUAUACGAAAGGAAGAAUUAGUCCAUAAAAUCGAAGAAAUUUUGUCAAAAUCAAAUAAAUAUGUUAUUAUUAGUGGUUAUGCUGGUUUGGGUAAAACAACACUUGCAUCACAAUAUGCACAUCAACAAAAAGCUGAAAAUAAUAAAAGAGUUCGAUGGUUUAAUGCUGAAUCAGAAGAUUCAGUUUGGAAUGAUUAUAGAAAGAUGGCAAUAUACGAACUUAGAAUAGGAAAGGAAAUAAGUGAAAAACAAAUUAUUAUAAAUUUGGUAAAUAGUAAAUUGGAACUAUUAGAAUUAAAUGUUUUAUUUGUAUUUGAUGAUGCCAAAGAUGCCGAUGAUAUUAAUGAAUUAAUAAUAAAUUUACCAAAUAAUGUUCAAACAAUAAUAACAACAAAAAAUAAUUAUUUGAAAGAUAAUUUCGCAUCUGGCAAUGAAUCAAAUUUAGACAUGAAACCAUUUAAUAAAACUGAAUGCUGUGAAUAUAUAACAAAAUCGGAUAAAAAGAGAACGUUUAAUCAAUCUCAAGCAGAAGAACUAUUUGAUUUGAUAAAAACAAAUGAAAAAGAAGAGGUACAUCCAUUUAAAUUAUCAAAAGUAAUAACUUUACUACAAAAGCAAUCUUGGUCAAUACAAGAUUAUAAAACAGAAAUAAAAGAACAUGGAGAGAUAAAUGCAGAGGAAUAUCUACUUAAAGAAUUAAUAAAUGAAUCAUCGAAUGGAUGGAAAUUAUUACAACAUUGUGUAUUUUUAGAUGAAAAUUUUAUAAGUAUCGAUAUACUUAAGGAAAUAUUAAUUGAACAAGAAAAUAAUAGUAAUAAAAUUGAUAUUGAUAAAGAAAAAGAACCUUUAGAAGAACUUUCAUUAGUAAAUCAAAUUGAAUUAAAAAAUGAGAAAGAAUCUGUAAUUGGAAUUAAAUUACAUUCGAUAAUAAAAGAUACAAUUGAAAAAUAUAUGGACAAAGAAAACAAUAUUGAAAAGUGUAUAAAAAAAGUGAAAAUAUUAGAAAAACUGAUUAACGUAAUCAAUAAUAAAAUGCCAGAAAUUGAUAAUAUGCCAAAUGACGAUUGGAAUAAAGCAGAAAUAUAUUAUCGACAUACACACAAAUUGAUAAACUUAAAAUUAGUGCAAGAAAUUAACGAUAUUAAAAAUUUAGGCAAUUUAUAUUCAAAAAUAGCAAACUAUGAGCAAUAUAAAUUAUGUAAUUUUAAAAAUUUAAUAAAAUAUCAUAAAAAUAAGUGGGAAAUAUUAAAAGCAUUAUAUGAUGGUGAUCAUCCAGAUGUUGCAAGUUCACUGGAAAAACUUGGAUAUUGCUAUAAUAAAUCGGGUGAUGCAGAAACAGGAUUAGAAUACUGUGAACAAGCAUUAAAAAUGCGUCGAAAUGUAUAUCGAGACAGUCAUGAAGGUUGCCAUGAAGAUGUUGCCCGUUCAUUAAAUGGUGUUGGAUUUGCUUAUAUUAAAUUACAAGAUGAACAAAAAGCAUUAAAAAACUUUGAACAAGCAUUAAAAAUGUAUCAAGAUUUAUAUAAAGACAAUCAUCCGGGUGUUGCAGAAUCGUUAAAUAAUGUUAAUAUGGCAUGUAAUAAAUUAGGAGAUAAAGAAAACCAAAAAUCGAAAAAAAACUUUAAACGAUCACAAGAAUACUUUGAACGAUCAAAAGAAUACUUUGAACGAGCAUCAGAAUGUUCUAAACGAGGAUUAGAAAUUUGUCAACAUUUAUAUAAAGGCAAUCAUCCAGAUGUUGCAAAAUUGUUGAGUAGUGUUGGAUUCAGUUUUAGUAAAUUAGGACAUGCAUAUAUAAAAUUAAACUGCUAUAAACAAGCAUUAGAUCACUAUCAACAAGCAUUAAAAUACUCUGAAGAAGCAUUAAAAAUGUAUCAAGAUUUAUAUAAAGGCAAUCAUCCAGAUGUUGCAAACUUGUUGUUUAGUGUUGGAUUCAAUUAUAAAAGAUUAGGAGAUGUAGAAGGCGAUGUAAAAGUAGAAUGCUAUAGACAAGCACUAGAAAUGCAUCACCAAUCAUUAAAAAUGUAUCAAAAUUUAUAUAAGGGCGAUCAUUACGAUAUUGCAAAAACGUUGGAACAACUUGGUUUUUGCUAUGCGGCAUCAGGAGAUGCACAAAAUGGAACGGAAUACUGUAAACAAGCGAAAGAAAUGUUUCAUGUUUUGCGUCUCAGGAUUCCGAAAGCCACGAAAAAUGUUCCGUGA